AUGAAUCACAAUGAAUGGAGGCGCAAUUCUGUAGCACAUGGGGGGAAGGCAACUGCACGUGGUGAAUGGGGGGUGGAUGGAAGGAGGGGUAAAAUCGCCCAGGGAAAUCCAUCCUCCAGGAAUGACCACCGGAAUGGCCUCCAGCGCUCCUACAAGGAAGGCGAACUGUUUAAUCUCAAGCGAGGGGUGCAAAGAGACAGCCCUAGAAAGGCCACACAAGAGGGAUGUGCAAUUUUUCCCGAAGAGGAAGACGCCGAUGGGGAGAGGAACCAAAAAAACGGGUGGAGAGAAGAGGACAGAAGUGGGCGGACAGGACAGGACAGAAGUGGGAGGACGCGACAGGACAGAAGCGGGCGGACAAAAAGGAGAAGUAACAUUGAGGAAGAGAAGGAGCUGCCCAGCGGAGAGCACACACCGGAUGAGGGGAAAAAGGAAAAGUAUGUCACCUACUGUGACGAGGGAUAUUUACGGGGGUUACUGAAGAAGGCUUUGGUCACCCCCAGUUUGAAAGCCUUCCUAGGAACGAGGGUCAUUUCGUUUCUUAACGAAAAGGAAAGGCACAACUGUUCUAUGGCCUGCAAGCUCCUCUUUUUCGAAACUUACUCUCUGGGGAACUUAAAAAAUAUUUACAAGAGCAAAUUUAUUCGAAGUGAAAAGAGAAGCAUGAUCUGGAAGAUGAUCCUGCUGGGGGAGAACACGUACCUGAGUGAGGACCUGUUUGGUGAGCUGACACGGAGGAGGAGCACCUACGAGGGGAUCAUUGAGAAGGACGUGCCGAGGACCUUUCCGCAGAGAUUCUUCCCUCCGGCUGGGGGAGACGUUACGAUAGACGUUAUGGGAGACGUUAGUGGAGCGGCCACAGAAGCAAUACCCUCUGGGCAGGCUUCCACAGAUGGUCCGCCUCCCCAGGAAGAACUCUUCGAUGUGCUAAAGAUAUGCUCAUUGUAUUUCCAAAAUGUGGGCUACUGUCAAGGAAUGAAUUACGUCGUCGCAAUCCUCUUCCUCGUCCUUAAAGACAAGCUGCACACAGCCAGGUGCUUCAUAGCUCUGCUCAAAAUCUUCAACUUAAAGGGAAUGUAUAUUUACAAUUUCCCUCAGCUGAAGAAAAUCAUGUACCAGCUGAAGAUACUCAUAAAGGGAUACUUCCCCAAGCUGUCUUCAUAUUUUCGAAGGAAAAAAAUAAAAGUGGAUUUUUUCUGUAUAAACUGGUUUAUGACUCUGUUCUCUCAGGACUUAACUUUUGAGCAGACCGUAAAAUUAUGGGACAGCUUCUUUCUUUUCGGAUUGAAGAUCUUAAUAAAGCUCAGCUUAAUCUUUUUGUCCCAUUUUGAAAGACAAAUUUUGUCCCUAUCAUAUGAAGAAGCUUUAACCUUCCUCAAGUCAAUGACGAGGUUCCCCUUUACCGAUUACCUCUUCGAAGAGAAAAAUUUCUUUCCCUACUUACGAAGGUUUAAGGUGACUAAUCGGACUUUGAGGCAAAUUAUUUUUCUUCGGAAGAAUCGCAUUAGAUUUGAGGUCCAUGUGACCAAGGUCAGCCACCGUGGGGUUCAAACCAACCAGUGCUCCGUCGUGCUUUGCGAAAAUGGCAGCAGGGGAGACAAGGUGGUACAAGACGCCCGCGGCUCAUCCGCCAUGCAUAAUGGGGAUAACAUCAUGCACAAGUUUAUGGGAAUUUUCCGGGGGGUGAUGGACAGCAGGAUUGGUGACUCGGUGGGCAGAGCAGUAGGCGAGAGGAGAAGACCCCCUUCCUCGCGCGGCACCAACGAAGGGAACUAUGCCGACCGAGCGGUCUGUGCCAACCAGGCCAUAUGUGCCAACCAAGCGAACUGUGCUAACCUCUUCCUCGACCCAAGCUGCUCCAACGAAGUGGCCCCGGAGAACCAGUGUCUCUCUCUAAACUUCAACAGUGGCCUCUUUUGUGGCGUCAAGGAGCAGCGUAGGUACCUGAGGGGGGAUAGCACCACCGGCGACGGCAGCACCCGGGAAGAAGAGGCCACUGCGGAGGACGGCUCCAGCAGGCACCCCAGCGGGAACGCCUGCGACGAAACGAACAACUACUACCAUUUGAAUCUUACGAAGUCCUUCCGGUGA